AUGGAAGGGAAAAAACCCGAACACACUCACGUGGGGUCGACCUUCAAAAGAUUGCCGAGCUUAGCAUUUUCGCGGAUCGAGGAGGGACCAAAGAUGGUAGCGCGCUCUCUCGCGCUUCUGGCGACUAUUUUCGGGAGCUCUUUGCUGAUUACGGUAGGUCCUUCAUCUUUAUAAAGUUGUUUUCUACAAAACAUAGCAAUUUCUUCGUAUCAUAUUGGCUUCGAGGCGUCCGCACUAUGAAAUCUAGAAUGGUUUUGAUUACCUUGCUUAUUUCAUCGUCUUGGCGUUGGACGACCGAGUCGCUUUCGAAACGUUUCAGGGCCAUUAGCGUUCAGAUUAGUUCUAUGAAUGACACUAAAAAUUAUGUUUUCACGGGGUUGUUUGAUGCGAAUAAUCAUAGGAUGUUUUUGAAAGCAGUUAUGAUAAAAUCUCCCUUUGGUUGCUAUUUAUGCUCGUGACAACACACAGUUCCAAUACAAAUGGAAAUUGACACGAUUCACAUCUCACUCUAGCUUUUCACGAGGGAUUUAUUCUUCAUUCUUGCGCUAUUGUCGUUUCAGCUGUGGGUUCUACACCUAUUCCUUUCGCUGAGAAGUUUUCGUGUUUUCAGAGAGCGCACAAGCACAUGCUUUUAACAAAGUAUCACGUAUCAUAUGUUCUGGAGACCACCAUGUGAAUGCGAAAAUCGAAUACAGCUGCUAUCGUCAGGCGACUAGCCGUCUUGAACUCGAUAUUUGUGCUAAAUUAGGAUAUAAUUCCUAGUUCUCUUUCGUGUUGAGUAGAUUCGUUGUUUAUUUUGAAAGAUAUGUUUUGAUUUGGGUUUUGCAAUAAUUAACUUUCAACGCGGUUCCAUCAGUGUACAACUAAUUGCUGUGUGGUUUGAAAGCAACUGCGAGAUACAAAUAUCCGACUUGUUUGGACUGCAAAACAUAACAGCGACUAAAACACUCGGGCAAAGCAACCCAAUACUCGUUACUCGAAAGCAGAAAAGGAAAAGGCGUUUGACAACGCUUCAUUUGGGGCCUUUGCCCUGCGGACAAAAUUUCAACAAAUCGCUUUACUUCGCUUGAUUCACAUUAGCUAGCAUUACGCCGUCUUAAAUGUUGGCGGCACUUUUGGCUUCGCUAGAGUUUCUUAAUCCAUUUCAAGAGUGUUUUUUUUUUCUCGCACCUUUUCGGCAAAUUAAACAUCUAAAAUGAUGGUAAGUAGCAUUCUUUGUCGGCUCGUGUUAGCCGGCCUGUAUGCUCGGGCGACUUGUAAACUGACCCUCCUCCCUGCAUCUGUUCAAACUUGCCUCACGAAAACAAUACGCAAUAAAUAGAGAUCACAAUCAAAUUUAAGAUUCUUUUCAUUGCUGCACUUUGCGGUGUCAGUCGAGUGAAAAUUGCACAAAGCAGAGCAUUGAGCGUGUCGUGUUUACCUUUUUUUUUCUUUUACGAAGAUAUAGCUUGCUGUGAGUCUCGUGUAUUGCGGGGCGCCAGUCGUAAGUCUAAAGUUGGCAAAUAUGUUGUAAAACAAAACAUCAUGCGUUCAAUGCCCGUGGCAAAAUGAGCUAAAUUGCAGACCGCAAUUAUUUUGACUGUGGAAAUCGCGAUGGGAGAGCUACUAAAGAUCGAAAGGUCUAAUCGACCCUUAUUUACAACAAAACAGCACCAGCAUAGUUGAAAUAAUUCACCUGUAAGGCGUACUUGUGGAAUGGUGCCUUAGAGUUAUUCAUUUUCGUCGGCGAAAACAGCUCUUUGAAAUGGACAAAAAUAUUUGCAAAAGCCAAGGUGGCUUAAGUCCUUGGGGGAUAAUUUCGUCGAGGAAAACAACUCUUUCGUUUUUGCAAGAUGCUCCCAUGUUGUCAAGUGGUGAAGUGGCAAAACAAACUAAAUCGCGUCGUAAUCUAGUAAUUCAUUACUUCAGUAAAGACGCAUCGUUGUCGAUAUGGAUUAAAUACAAGAUGUCAAGGAAAUUCCAUCGCGAAUGUAUUAAAAUUCCAAACUGUUUCCUUUCGCCGGAAAUAUCGCUCAGUCUUACGGAUCUAUCGUUCUAUCGCAAUCUAGGAAACGAUGUGUACUUUCAAAUUUACAGAUUUUUUUAAAACCAAUUUUCCACUCAAAAUUGUUUAAUGCGCUUUUUCAUUAAAAAGCCCUGCAUACAAUAUAGAUAAAAGCUUCAUUGGGUUGCGUGUUUGACGGGUCUGAUUUCAGGACCGGAAACCGUUCGAUUUGUUUUACACAGCUGGAACUCUAUUUCCCAUCGGAACGGCAUUUUGGUUAAAUACUCUUCUCCCGCACAGUUUUUCGUCGCCUGUUUUACCACUUCACAGAACUCUUUGUUGUACGUGUAAAACGAUGCAUACAGCGCUUUCAAGUGUAAUAUUGUUUAGCUCACAUGAACAAAUCACGUACUAUACACAUUUCCUUUCUUACUUAACGCUUUGUCGGACACAAAUACAAGAAAAUAAACACUUUAUAGGGGAGGUAAUGCUUACUGUUGUAAAAGAAAACAGGAAAACGGAGAAAAUUAGCAUGAUGUUUUAACUACUUGAACGCGAAUUCAUACCAAAGCAAUAUAAAGCAAACAGAUUGAAUAAUAUGUCGUGAUCUGCUAGACAAAGCUAGCGCCAUAGUGUUUCGCGCGGUCUACAGCGCUGCGAUUAGAAUGCUUUCUGUUUCUAAUAAACGAACUUCUUUGAAGAUUAUUUAGUGGAUAGUGCACUUGAUUUUUUUCGGUCCAGAUGCCAUGUUUCUCACUUAAAAAUAUUUCAAGUAAGAUUUUGCAAUGAUACAUGCUUGCGUGACCUAUUUCUGGCAGGCCCUUAUCUGAACAAGGGUCACAUUUUAUCUUAAAUAGCUCAUAGGUUUUAAUUAUUGCUCGUAGCCAAAGAAAAUAUUUUACCUUUGGCACUUUCCUUAAAGAUAUAAGUAUUAAUAUAAGUUCUGUUUUCUACGAAGAGGUCUGAUGGCAACUGAGGGGUAUUAACUCGAGAACAGAAGACAAAUUAUGUUCACUUACAAUAAUUGAAUUCUACUGAAAUUUAUUGCACGUGACUUAAAUGUGAACUCAAGGCGACAUGUUCUAUAGCCGAAUUUUUACAUAUUCGUUUUUCCUAUAAUGAUGCGUUAUUGUUCUUGUCGCAAAUGUUAUGUUAAAAGUAUGGAUCGUCUUGAAUCUUUGAGAACAGAAGUUUUUAUUCUCAAUAAUAAAAUAUAUCCAUAUUUAAGUUAGUAAAGGGCGUCACUCGUGCAUGAAUCGCUCCUCAGUAAGGAAAAGGCGUUUCUGUAUUGCCUUUUGGUGCAUUUUUUCAAACCUUCGUGGGUAGAAUCGGAAAUUUAGAUGGUAAACAUUUGAAUUGUUGCGACUAACUGUCUCUUUCUGUAAUUGAAUGUCGCUUAAUAUAAAUUACAUAGAAAAUGGACUUCGUCCCUCGAAUAUUUGUUAUCUUUUAAGCUAGUUGUUUGAUGCGUUUGUCUAUACAUGUGUGGAAAAAUGGCUUGUCAUUUCGGCUUGAGACAUUUUCGGUGGAAAGGAAAAGAAAUGAAACUUUUUUCAUUGAGAGCUAAAUUUGCUCCUAAUUGUGUAUUUGCUACGUGAAUAUAGGAAAUUGUUCCUGCUUUACAUAAUGCUAUUUUUAACACACACUCUUGGCGGAGACUGAUGCGAUAAAAAUGGAACAUAGAUUUAAAGAAAGUUAAAACCUUUUUCACAGCACAAUUCUAUCAGUGGUCUUUUCAAAUAUGCCUGAACACGACAUUGAAAGUCAAGACGCAUUUUAAGUAAAUGAUUGGCAGUGCUGGAACAAUAGCCCCAUAUUACGCCCGGCGAACUUGACAUUAACUCAUGCAUUGCCUAGCAGGAAAGUUGCGUUUCUUCUGCACCGUCGUUAAAAAGCCCAAAAUGGGUUUUGGAAGCUUUGAGUAUCUUUGGUGCGUAGUUUUAUUAUCACAGGGGAUGCCGUUUUCACGUUUUCACAGCGUACAGGUUGGAGAUCGUUUUUUAUAUUUGUUUGUGUUUAUUAUGAUGUCGACAGAAGACAUCGUUUGUAGUAAACAUAUUUACUUUCAAUCGACUGAUAAAAUGUUCAUCCGUGCGCGAUAUGUCGGGCUUUCUUCAGAAUUGCAUUUUUUAAGCGAAAUUUAGAAUUAUUCCUAUAGGAAUUUAGUUCGCAAUCGCGGUAACCAACGAGAAAAUUUGGUCAGUAUUACUAAUAUUGUGUGUAUGGUCAAAUUGCACAAGUCAUACGCCUACACAUGUUCUUUUUAAAAAUAUCAAGUGUGAGCGAGGGAGAAAUCUGAACUAAAAAUGUAAGGUUAAGCUCAGCUUAUCAGAUGCGUUUUAGUUAAAUGUUUCUCCUUAUGAGGUAAUCUGCGAAGAACUUCUUUCAAACUCGGAAUUUCCGUGGUACAUAACUUGCUUCGCGAAAUUUGGUUAUUUCGACGCAGGCGCCAAAGCAGCCAUGAUAUGUUUGUUCAAGUUAUUAAUGCGAGUGGUUUUGAAUGAAUCCGCACGUUAACAAGAUGUUGGUGAAUUUUCAUCGUAAACAGAAGAUAUUGUUUGCGUUUGUAGAUAAUUUAAGAUUACGAAACCACUCUUGUUAAGGAAAUCGCUAAGGAAACAUUUUUUCAGUUUAAAGGUAAAGUUUGUGGCUGAGUGUUGCUUCACCAUGCUCGUCCUGCGGGAAAUUGGCAUUUCAAGUGGAGAUUUAUGUUAUCACUGUACAAGGCGAUAAACCAUUCUAUCCUCUCACUUUGUUGCAGUUCAUGUUUAAAAUGUAGAAGUAUUUUGUGCUUAAAGGAGGUGCACCCGUUCGAAUCCAGCGCUUGAUAAACAUUUCGUGACCAGCCAAAAUCUUUUUGCCAAGUCAGCGCCUUUUCGACUACGGAAAUGUCAUUGUCUAACAUUUGAAUUUGUGGCGUUCUUUUUACAAUGGAAAGCGAAAUUAACUUUUUUAUUCCAGUGAUAUGUUAAUUAUUUUACUGGUUGUCUAUUUCACAUGUUAAAACGGUUGAGAGGACCUUUUUUCGUACCUUUUUCCGCCAAACAUUAGAAUGUAAACCGACUUAAGUGUUGGCGGAAACCACAUAAAGCCAAGCUCGAUUAAUUGGCUUUUCGUGCUAGCUCACGCUAUGUUAGGGCUCAUUUCAGCGGGUAGGAUUUUAACUGUGUUCUGUUUUGUGGACUUCCGUUGAAACUUCGUCUUAAUUUAAAUAUAAAUCACCCUUUUUGGACGGUUAAUUUUGCUCUUUCGUAGACCGUGAAGUGGUUAGUUUGUUUGCCGUCUGAUAUUAUUCGCGUGUGUUAUUUACCGAGAUGUCUGUGUUAAUUACCCGUGCAUGAAGUCAAGCACGCAACGCUGUAAAGGGCAAUUUACCUUUCACUUCGGUGUGAAAUAUUUUUAUUAGAACUUUUUUUACCUCCUAGGUCGAAGAGUACAUGUCAUAUGAACCCUGUAAACAAAAUUAGAAAACAUAACUGAGCGGUCAAAUGAAAAGUUGCUUUGAACCCCCAAGACGUGACCCUGUGCAGUGUUUUUCUGACUUCAAUUAAGAUGUUUUCAGUAUCAUGACAAUUACAUGGAAAUCAAAGGGGUUUCAAAAGAAAAGCACUAUUUUUUGCCUUUUAGUUGUAAAGUUUUACUAAAUUUUUCAUUGAAAUCUGACGUGAGAAGCGGCGUUCAUUAUUUGCGAUUAAUGUGGGCUUGCUUGGAGUGGUGCUUCACUGCGGUAAACACGUGGGAUGUAAACGGCGAGUUCUUUUAGAUGUUGUCUGAAGAUUGAUUAUGACGCGAAGAUAAAAAAAAUUUCCUUAUUCCUCCUGCAACGAAGAAAAAAUGCAAAAAAACACAGAACAAAACAAAAACGAAAAAACAAACACAAACGAAUAGAGACCCAAAGAAAGACACAAAAAAACAUAAAAACAAAAAACGGGCAGUAUGGUGCAGCUUCCUUGACAAAUGAGUGAUUUCUCCUUACAAUAUUAAAUACAUUAUCAUGUAAAAACGUGAAGAAGAGGAAGAAAAAUUUACUGUUUCCCUAAAAUUUUUAAUUCAUAAUAAAAAGGCUUCUAUCAUUUUUUUCUGACCUUAAAUUUUGAUUGAACAAUGACACUUUUAGCAGAAAUAAAUGUCGAACGUGCGUUAACAACGUGACGAGACUUAGUACGAACGCUAAGCAAUGGACAAAGUAAUCGCAUGAUAAGCGUAGCAAGUCAAAACAUAAUUUGGAAUAAUCCUUAAUUUUUACUGUCUUUACUUAUUUCUGCCAAAUUUUCGGUUAGUGUCAAAGACUGUUUUGACAUGGGGCCCCCUUUGUAUUUGCCCAUGAUCCGGAUUUGCAUGCAUCACGGAACUUAGUCACAUCGCCAAAGUUCUCUAUCCCAGUUUUCCACGGUUUGGUGUUGUCGCGAAUUACAUGACAGCCGGUGUUGUGAGAGGGGAAGUAUGUCUUGCUUAGGUGGCUCUCGCAAAUUGAACUGAAACUCAACAAUACCGGGCUCAAAAGCUGGCCUAAGCAAGUUUUCCUCCUCCCCUUAACGAAACGGAAAAUGUGUUUGAGUAGGGAGGGGUUGUGGGGAUUUUGAUGUCAAAGGGAGCCUGUUUGGUCAUAAAAACGGCUUGGUCGCUUUUAUUUAUUGUCAAAUUUUCACCAUCGAAUUAAAUUAAAAAUAGCUUUAUGAGGAUUCCUUUUUAUCAAUACUGUCAUGAUAAACCAACUUACAAGGACUGGAACAGCAAAACCUCAAAAAAAAAAAAAAAAAAAGCAAGAACUGAUUUCACUUUCUCUUCGCAGACAAUCGCCGUGGGAUGCGGUCCAGGAAAGUUUCUUAAUUCAACUUCUUUGGUUUGUCAGAAAUGUCCAAAUGGUACAUUUUCGGCUCAAGAAAAUGCACGAAUGUGUUCGACGUGUAAAAGGUGUGUGGGUAGGAACAACGUGAUGGUCAAAGCAUGUACCCCUACCUCGGACACGAAGUGCGAGUGCCUGCCUGGUCACUACUUUAACGGAUUUCUGAUUUGUCUCAAGUGCCAGCCAUGUAAACGAGGAUAUGGAUUUGUGAAAAAUUGCACAGCAACGACGAACACAGUUUGUGAACGGUGUGAGAGGGUAAGUCCUAAAAUACUCUGAUCUACCUGUAACUUCUUCCUAAAUGACCGAUGCUACCAUAUUUUCAUCUUGAAUAACGAAACUUUUGAGUUUUUCAAGUUUUUUCGAGUGCAAUCGCUGGCAAUCAUCCCUAUACAUAGCCAUCCUUGUUUCGUUUUGGUUUAACCCUUUACACUACUGGAUCAGUGUGCAUAUUCUCCACACUGUUCUCUUUAACGGUCAAUAGCUUCUUCAGUUGACGAUUUUUUUAUUCUCACGACCCUAAUGUUUAAUUCAGCUGUGAUGCUGUGAGGAGAAAUUAGCUGCCAAUCAGUCCCAGGUGUUAAAGGGUUAAUCUUACCUCUUUGAUGUUUGUUCAUCCUAGGAAAUGAUUAUUUAAAGCAUAUAUUCCAAUUAAAAGAAAAAUUUUAUUACGCUAAUCUGAUUACUACCUAGACGACCGUAGCUCCCUUAACGAUAUGUUGUCAUAGCGAUUAAAAAUGAGCUGAUGAUCAGUCGGUUGCGCCACGUGUUGUAUUAAUCAGCCGGGUGGGUCUCCAAUGUAUUGAAAGACCAGUGAAAUACGUAUCUUUGCAGAUAUGUCUCUUUUCAUUUAUUUUUGAGGAAGGAAAAUUCGUUCGAGACUAAGUAUGUGUGGGAUACGUCAGAAGCUUCGAUAGCGCGUCUUUAAUCAAGUGUCAAAAGUAAUUAGUUAUCGCUUAGGUUUUGCUCUACUUCACACAAUGAUUGGUUCAAAAACUUAACCAAUCAUUUUCAAAACAGAAACUAAUGACGUCUUAUUCAACCGCAUUUUUCUGCCUGUUAUUAAUUUGAGCUCUUUAUGGCACUUAAGGGCGUUUUCCUUCGCCCUAAUAUAUUAGCCGGUGGGAUUCCUUUAGUUUUUGGCUUUGAGGCACUCGAUGAAAAAAAAACACUCUACCAAUACGAAAAAUAAGACGGCAUUAGAAUUAGACGACCAAAAUAUGCGGACUACGAAUAUAUUUAAUGACACGUGUCUCAAAAGCAAUACGUCAAAGUAGAUUCGAGAACCAUUAAACAGACAAACGUCCGAUACAGAUGACCUCAGUGAUCAGUGAAACGCGAUACUAGUAAUGAUCAAUAUCAAAUGAAUACGGCCAUUGAGGUUUCUUACGGAGCCCUUUUCUAAUUUCUCCUUCAAAUAUCGAUACCCUUAUUCAGUAACAUCGUGACGAGAAAAGACAAACUUUUUGUCAAGAGAAUUCCCUAUUGAUGAAAUUCAAAAUUAUUUUUAUUCAUCAUACAGAGAUACUAACAGCCCUAUUUUACUGAUUUCAAAUCAAGUUUGUGAAUUGUCUCUCUUUCUUAUCAGGGAAAAACAUUCUCAGUUGGCAAGGGCUUUGAUGCUUGUAAACCAUGUAGCAAAUGUCAGAAGGGAGAAGUUGUUAAAGAAACCUGCAUACGAAGAAGAGACACAAAGUGCACACCGGAAAAAGAUUUUAAUAAUUCGAAACAGAAACCUUUUUUACCGGUACCCUCCAAAUCAAAGCCAGGAACUAAUGAAGAUACACGGAUAGCGAAGGAAGAGCCGUCAAAAUCUUCAUCAGGAUCUGAAUCUUUUUCAACUCUUUCCAGUAAGUCUCUCUUUAUCAAUUUUUUUUGGGUAUAGGUUGCUUUAAAAAAUUAUAGAUAAUCACUUAGGUGCAUAAUUUUUAAUAAAAUGAAUACCACUCAAAAAUUUUGACCAGAUUCCUCCACUGGAAAGAAGAACCCCCACUAAAUGAACCCAGCUCGCAAAGUGCGGCUUCGUAGCUUAGUUGACAUGUAGUAGCCCCCAACUCCCAACUAGUAUCUGGGAGGAGGCAUGGGUUUGAAUCCCGUCGAAGCCUGAAUUUCUUUCAGGCUUUUUUUGUGUGAUUGCUUAAAUUGCAGUUCACCUGUGAGGUGCAGUGCUUUAACCCUUUAACUCUCAGAUCAAAUUUGUAAUUCUUCUCACUGUCAACCAUACAAUUCUUAAAAUGUAAGUUCAGAGAAUUUAGUAUUGGAUCAACAAAUUAUCCUCAAAUUAAUAUUUUUCUUUAUUCUCAUCACUUAUCUGGAUGAUAUUAUAUUGAUAUUGUGAGGAGAAAUUCUGUCUUGAUCACUCAUGGGAGUUACUUAAGGAAAAAAAUUUAUCAUCAGUGGUCGGGAAUGCGAUUUUACCGCCAAAAUGUAAGAAAGUUUUAGAGAUUAUCAAUGAAAUGUGUGACAUUUUAAAAUGGAAUGAUGAAAAGGCACACCGUAAGGUAUAAGCAAUCCCUAAAUUGUAGUGAAAAUUUCUUAAAAGUAGUCCUUGUGACUGUGUGCCCUCUGGCUAAGGACAACCUCGUCACUGGGGUCCCCUCCCUUCCCUUUCUCCUCCCCUCCCCCCUGAAACGUUUCAGUGGGUGGGUACACAAGAGAGACUCUGGGAAGAAGGUGCGGUUCAGGCAACUUGGACGCCAUCCUCACGUCUUACUAAUUCUGUUUCAGCGAUUAUAUCGUCUACGGCGGCUGUAACGGGGAAGAAGAAAGAAUAUGAAUCUUUGGAAGAAGAAACUAACUAUCAGGCUGUCUUGUACUCUCUGAUCGCAUUGCUGUUUGUACUUAUAAUUGUUGGGAUCAUUGUUGUCCUGCACAGGAGGCGGAAUAACAGAAAACGCACAAAGAACAGGGGCAAGUCGGGUAUGAUUAACUUUUCUUGCUGUUUAACGAUGUUUAAGGUAUAAAUCGGUAACCCGCUGCGCUAAGCCACGAGCAGUUCCUACUUUUCGGCGAAGUCCGUCGUGUAAGUAAAAAAAAAAAAUUUAUAAAAAGGAUCAUUGGAAAAUUAUUGAUGUUAGCGCAGCGCGCGUAACUCUGUGAGUGAGUCACACAACUAGUUUUCCGAAAGUUCCAGUUAAGCUUUUUUACUUGCGUUACAUAAUUUGCCUAAUGAGAGAGACUGCUCGUAGUCUAGGCUGCGUAGAGAAGUGCACUGAAGGUCGCAAUUGUUUAUUCAACGUUUUGGUAAAGUGAAAGAGUCGUGUCAUCAAGGUUAUAUAUGCGUUUUAUCUCAGUAGAUUCUUGCGAGGAACCCAGUACGAGAUCAAACUCAAGCGAAGUCGUAGGAGCUGUAGAAAAUCCUUACACCUCUUUACCCUGUAUUGGAGGACGACAAGGUUUGUGGCAUCGUUUGUUUUUAUUCGUUGUUGCUUUUUUUUAUACAGCUUUGUUUUUAAUCAUUCGUAUUUUUUUUGCGGAUGUAAGCCUUUCUUCACUUAACUCUAAGAUCGUCCCCUUCUACUUCUCCUCCAACCAGAGGGCGUGAGAGCUUAUUUUAUUCAACCCUGAGCCACAAAGAAAUUUUUUAUGUGGGAUUUUGUGGUAGAAGGAGACCUUUUUAUGCCUUCAUGAGAAUUGCCUUUCUUUGUCGGUUUCAAAUUCACUAUCUUGAUUGUAAUACCACUUUUAUUUCUUUGUCAAUUCAGGUGAUAAAUUGCUGCGAGAAGCUCCUUACACCCUUCUUACGGAACUAUCGCAAUAUUUAAAUCCCGGAGACAGAUGGAAACAGUUGGGGGGACGACUCAAAUUCAACAGCACCCAGAUCAAUAAUUUUGCUUUGGAUAGGAGAACAGCAACUGAGGCUAUGCUUGUGGAAUGGGGCCAGAGAGACACUGCCACUGUUGCAGCGCUCAGAGACAUUUUCAGGGCCAUGAAAUGGUCGAAAGAAGCGAAAAUCACCGCAAUGUAUGUGUAGCAAUUUUUUCCGUGACCAAAGUUGCUGAUUUGUUCGUAAAUAUUGUAAGUAAGAUUCUAGUGUAAGUACUGCAGCCAUCUUUGAGCUGAAGUAUGAAAUUUUCUCGGAGAAACUUAAUAUCUAGCGUCAAUUUGCCACGAAUCUAGUUUGAGGAAUCCUGUGGUUGUGAAAUAAUUUAUAAAAUUUUGAGCCGGAAAUCUACAGCCCAAUCUCGAAGACUUGGGUGCUCUUACAUCGAAGUCCUUCGUUCUGUAGUUUUGAGAGGGGUUAUGCUAUACUAGUGAAUUUUUAGAUUAUUAAGUUGACAAAUUUAGUGUGUUUAAAGACUAUUUAAUUCAUAAAAUGUGGUCAAACCGCCUUUAUGACCCUUUCAAUCAUUUAGAAUUAUUUUGACGAGAUUCUCUUAAAAUGAUGUUAAGAAAUGUUUACGAUGGCUAAUUUUUUCGGUUUGGUAUUUUAAAGUGUUAUCAUUUCAUUAAUUUAUUAUCGUGGAAUAUUAGAUCCAACGAUCCUAAGGGGAGAGAAAUAGAGAGGUGGGGCGUUCGUGAGUGAAAGAGGAAAAAGUGAGAAUAACUGGAUUUUAAAAACCAGUGAACCAUUACAAAAUUGACCUUUUAUUCGUCAAGAGGUGCUUAUCAACUGAACACGCUUUUGGCGAUAUAGAGAAAUGAAUUUGGUAUUUUAUGCCAUUUAGUAGUCACGUAGUUGACGGAAUUAAUGUGCAAUGUUAAAUAUAACGCAAUGAAACACUUUCGCUUUAUUUUGCUAAAAGUAAAGUUUUCAACAUUUUAAGUGCGUUUGUUCUGAAUUUAGUGAAAUUGAAUCAAACCACAAAAUGUAUUUUUGUUUUGAUGAUUUACGCAAAUAUUUGUCGCCGAGUAAGAGACACGCUGCGUUUUUCUUUCAGGCCGCAGAUCGAUACUAUUUCUGAAAGAAACUCUUUAUAAUUUUUGAUUUUUUUUAAAUUUUGUCGUCUUCAGUCAAUAAUCCGCACUUUUUUUUUUUUGAAGAAUUAUUUGGAAAUUUUCACAAUAAUUUAUGCAUCGUACAAAACGUAGAAACCAUAUGGGGUUUCUCAUAGAGUGUAUAUUUUUGUAUACAGCUGUUAACGGAAUAAUUUGUUUGAAAAUAUCUUUUUUAACGCAAAAAUUAAGAUGAAUAUUUUCUUACUUUGCUGAGAGAUAAGCUAAACUUAGUUUGAAAAUAAUUUUGUACUCUCGAGUAAAAAUUUAAAAUAACUGAGCACAAAUUUAUAAUCGCUCGAGUUCAUGGGCAAUAUUUUGACAAUUGCAUCUUGGCAUUGUUUUGUAUUGAAUGAAAUGGUAUUUAAUUUAUAGACAAUUUAAUACAACAAUUAAAAGAUAAUUAUUCUAAUGUUUGACGGCCUUAAAGUACGUGAUCAUAUUAAGGAAUUUGACAUAAGAUCGAAGCUUUUUACUUAAAUUCUUUUUGAAUGAAAGAGACAUUUUGAUGUUUGGUAAAGGCAAGUUUGGUAAGUCGGGGAGUUGUUUUUAUUCAACAUCAGACAAACCUCGCGUACUUUAGGACCCGAAACAAUUGAAAAUAAUGUUUCUUAUUGAUUGACAGGUUAUAUAUGUUGCUACUAAUUUUAGGAAGGAUCAGUUAAUGAAGACAUUAUGAUCUUUAGUUAAAUCCCGCAAAUGGGAUGAAGAGUUUUUGUAAUCUUAUCGUUAUUAAUGGUCGACGACUUACUAAAGGAUAUUCCUGGAUGAAGUUUAAACAAUUUGUUUUGUCAAAGGGACUCAGUAAAGAAAUCGAUAUUGUGGUCUAGCUUGUUGUGCCAGUAAACUGUUGGCCUAAAUAUGCAUGUGUUAAAUUAUUAUGAAAUAAGUACUGGCUAGGUAGCGAAAAAACUGCACUUUUUUAGCCAAUAGUAAAGCUGAGAUACGGGUAAUCAUACUGAACUAUUAAAAUUAUUAAUUUUGGG